GAAAAUGGCUGUCUCACGAGAGGAGGCGAGACUUUGAGUUUGAUCCUGAUAUUUUGCAGAAAUGAAACGUAGCUGACGAUAAAUCUUUAUAUGUUCCAUAUAAGAUGACCCCUUAAUUUUCAACAUGAGUCUCAUCAUUGAUUAUGGUCAACUAGCAGAAGAUCAUCAAAGCUUACUGGUACUGGUUAACCAGACUGGUACCUUACUUAAUAAUAAGACAUUUAACAGAGCUUGGGAAAGGAUACACAAUUGUAAUUGUAUUGGGAUACCAGGACAAAAAAGAAAAGCAUGGGUUAGGUACAAAAGGUUUUACCCCAAAGAAAAUAAUGAAUGGGGUGAUUUUCAAGCUCAUAGAAAAGUUCUUGGACUUGUUUCAGUCGGUGAAUGCUCAAAUAUUCAAGAAUUUGAAGAUUUAUUUGACUGUUACAAAAAAGUAAAGGAGGAAUAUUCCGAUACUCUGUUUAAUUCAAGAUUAAUUAUUUUUGGAAUGAACCGUGAUGGUUCUCCUUUGUCGGAAGAAGAUAAAAGAAAAUUUUUAAAAAGUGGUAAAACUUCACCUGUGCAUAGUGAAGAUAGUGGCGUAACUUCUGAUCUCAGUCCUACAGAAGUUUGUGGUGAAGUAGACUCUACCAAAGACAAUAAGAUUCAAAAUGAUCCAGAAAUAAGUGGCAGACCACAUAGUAAUAGUUUAACCAAAGAAAGUACUGGAGCUGAAGUCGUUUUCUUCCCAUGCAUUGAUGAAUGUCCAGAUUUAGAAGAGAAAUUAAAGGAAUUCAUUUCUUCCAUAUUUUUUGUUUUGGAUGGUAAGCGUUUGGACAGGUCAUUUGAAAGAGCUGAUAGAAUGCAGCUUAUUUGUGCUCCAUUUGAGAAAAAAGACUAUGUUGGUCUGGAUACUGAUACAAAAUCAUUUAGAAAGAAAUGCCAGGGUCGUCUACGUAAACAUUUAGCAGACCUAUGUUUACAAGCAGGUAUAUCGGGGGAGGCUAUUCUACAUUAUGAGACAGCUAUUGAUAUCCUGAAACCAGUGAAUGAUUGGCUGUGGAUUGGUGCAUGUUUUGAAGGGUUGUGUUCAGCCUCCGUAAUACUAGUCUAUCCACGAGUGAAGAGUCAGACAUUGAGGCGUGUGGAAUCUAUGUCUGUCAAACCAGGUUCUUCAAUGGGGAAGGAGACAAAAAACAGGGCAGGGAGUUUAAAGCACAAUUUGACUACCAAUGGUUUACAGGAAUUAGCUGACCCUGUAGCCAAGACUGCACUUAAUCCAGCUGAUAUCAUUGAUAAGUACAGAGAAUGCAUACUUAAUUAUAGCAAGUUCAAGUUGGCAGCUGUAAUUGAGUUGGAAGCAUGUUUAAAAGCUUGUAGAUUUCUUAUUCAACAAAGGAACUUGUUACAAGCUGCAGAUUUCCUACAGAAUGUCGUUUAUAUCAACAUACAGUCCACAGAUGAAGAUAAGAUAGACAGAUACUGUACACUUUCCCAGCUUUAUACACAGUUAGGAUUCCUGAGGAAAGCUGCAUUUUUCCGAAGAAUAGCAGCCAUGCAGUGUGUGACCCCACAGAACCCACGACCUAACUGGCAGCAAUGUUACCAUUUAAUGAUGCAGUCCCUGGAAGGAUACAAGCUUAUAUUUGAUAUCAAGGACAUUCCUGAUGUGCCCACAUAUGGAUGGCCAAUAGUGCAAUAUAGAGUACUUAAUGAAUUGAUCUACUCUGCUAAAAGAAUGGGUAACCUCCCCUUAGCUGUGAGGCAUUCAACAUUCCUACUGCAAACUCUACACAAGUAUUUAUCGUCUUCAGAGAAGUCAGAGAUUGUGUCUUCCUUAGAAUCUUUGACAGCUCGAUGUGAGGGGACGACACAGGCUCUAGCUCUAGAUAAUGGUGUUAUAUUACCACCACUUCCAUUAACAGAGAUUCCUCAUGUCAGGUCAUUUAGACUGGUACCUGCUGCUCCACAUUUGGAACCAGUCAAGAUUAUCCCAAAGUCUGCAUCAGCAGAGGAAAAACUAUUUAUUUACACACCUCUUUCUAUAGGAUCAAAUAGUACCCCAGAGAAAACAAAUAAAGUUGAUUUCCGAUGGGUGGCUAAAGACUUAUGUGAAGUGCAUUUACAAGUAUUUAACCCAAUGCCAGAAGAACUUAAAAUUACUCAAAUGGGUUUGUUGAUAGAGGGUAUAGAAAUGGAGAUGUACCCUACUAACCCAGUGAUACCUGCUGAAUCAGGACCAUAUCUAGUCAAAAUGAUGUGUCGACCAAAGUCUCACGGAGAACUUAAUAUAUUAGGUUAUUCAACUUUAGUGUAUGGUGUCAACAGUAACUGCCGAUUAAAAGACAUUCCUCAUUUACAUGAAACCCAAUCAAAAGUAGAAAUCAUACCUCCAUUACCUAAUGUUCAAGUCAAAUCAUCAUUUCCCCAGUCAGCCAUGUUUAUUACUGAAUCAGAUGGUGCCAAUGUUGUGACGUCUGCUGCUGCCUCAUUAUACGCAGGUCAAAGUGAGGAAUGUUUGAUAACAGUUCACAACACUAGUGUUCAGCCUGUUGAGAGAGUUGAGGUCAAACUAAGGUGUAAAACUGAAGAGAAAAUGUAUUUCUCCAAGAUAUUUAACUGGUGUUCGGAUAAUAUAGAAUCACAGCUGCCUAUACAGUCAUCAAAGAAGAUGUGUUUUAGCGUGUGUGUUUCUGGUCAUUCUGAUUUCCUUCUGUCUUCCUUUAGUAAACAUUCAUCUACUUCAGGUAGUGAAGUGAGUGAAAAUACAAGUACUGUGAUAAAAGACACUGUCGUUCAUAAGUGCUUUGAGACAACACUCCAGAUUAAGUAUAGCGGUGGUGAGGGAUUAACAGCAGGGUUCUGUCGACUCUGUUCCGUAGCUUUUACUGUAGAUAUUUUACCGUCUGUGAUAUUUGUAAACUGGGAUGUUCUUCCUGCUGAGAGCCCUGACCACUGUGUUUUAGUAUUUGAUGUAAAGAAUGUGAGUGGACAUCAGAUAGAUGUGCAGUACACUGCUGAUCAAAAUGUUAUCUUAGAACUAGAAGAAGUGAGAAGGGUAUCUGUACAGGUAGAGAGGUGUAUUUUUCCUCCUGAACCAGAGCCAUCAAUAGACCUGAAGAACACAGUGAUUAAACAUAUAGGACAUUCCAAUCAUUAUAGUCAAUUCUUAGCUAGCUUUGUGGACAUCCGAUGGAAUAUUCCAUCAGAAUCAUGUUGUGGUAAAGCUAGUAUUGAACAUCUUAAAUGGACUAAAGAACAGUUGGAGUUAAUCACAGUAUCAAAGGUGUCAUGGGAUAUAAGAAUAAAUGAUGAGUUUUAUACUGAUACCUGUAAUCCUGAAGUAUUAGUUGGUAGACUGUUGUUAUUGGAUGUUAAUCUGACCUUGAAAGAAGAUUUAGAGGCCAGUGAAGGUGAACUUGAAGUAUCAUGCUGUAGUAAAGUUAAUGGUGAGAUAGACAGUAUGUGUACUUUAAUGGGAACAGAUUCUCUUUUGGUGCCAAAUGUUGAUGUUUCUAGUGCUGUGAAUUUUUCAACAUCAUUCCUAUUUCAUGUUAGUGGACAUUAUACAUUGAAUGUUAAAUUCACAGUGAGACGGACUAACGCUGAAAGUAUAGUGUUUAAAUGUUAUAAGAUUCUGUUGAUUGUUGAUGAAGAGGAUCGAUAAAAUAAAUGAACUAAUUAUUGACCAUAAAAUACUUUAAAGAAGUGAUGUGUGCUCUUUUCAGCUGAAUGCGACUCUUCCAAAUGGAUUUUUAAAACCAACAGUCAAAAUUCAUUGGAGUUAUGUAUUGACCAUAUAAAACUUUGUUAGUUUUGUGUGAUCUUUUCAACUGAAUUUCUCUCUUCCAUGAAUUAUUUAUAAAACCAAGUGUUGUCAAAUUUCAAUAAUUUGCUCAAAAGUAAUUUGUUGACUAUGAAAAACUUUCACUGAGUUUUGAGUACUCUUUUCAACUGAAUUCAUCUCUUCCGGGUAUGAUUUAUAAAACCAAGUGUUAUCAAGUUUUAAUGAUCCACUCAACAGUAAUUUUGUUGACUAUUGAAGUUUUAUGUGCUCUUUUCAACUGAGUUCUUCUCUUCCAAAUGUGAUUUUUAAAACCAAGUGUCAUCAAAUUUCAAUGAACCAGUUCAAAAAUUACAUUUGGGAAAAACCAUGCAGGUUAGGGAGUUUCCCGUCAUACAAGUUUACAGGGUGACCCAUUGAAACCAUUACAUGUUUAAGAGUUCAUGGUAGUAGAGAAAUUGCCCAAGUUAACCAUUUAAAUCUAAACUUGUUCAUCUUAUUCAAGUUUUUAAUAUGACAUUAUUUAGAAAAGCUUUACAACUACUUAAUUAACCAGAUAAAUUAUAAAUAGAAAAUUAGAUUUUCUCCCAUGUUUGAAUUUGCUAUACACAUAAUUGAUUUCUAAAGAACAAGAUUCAUAGAAUAUUUAAACUUUUGUACUGCAUUUAUUGUGAAUUAUGGACAUUGAUUUAUUUAUUUAAUGCUGAUAUUUAUCCAAAGUAGAUUUAUUUUUUAAGCCAUUAGGCAUUAUAACAAUGAGUUCAGUAUCAACAGAGGCUUUGAAUAUUUAGAUUUUUACACAACAAAUCUUGCCACUUAGUUUCAACUGCUGUAUGUGCUGUUUUAAGAAACAAAUCAUAAUUAAUUUAUUUAAUAUUUUAUGAAAUAUUUUUGCUGUGUAUUCUUUUGAAAUGUUUAUACUAAUGAUAGUUGAUAAUUAAGCAGUGUGUACUGGAUAUUUUACAGGGUUUGUUUAAGGUGGUACCAAACACCUUCACUAAAAUUAAUUUGGCUCUUUUAAUUUUCAUAAAAUUUUGGCAAAGUAUUUAAAUUGACCAUUUAAGAAAAGUACAUGUAUAAAAAUUUCAGAAAAUUUGAACCAACCAUUUUAUCAGAAAAAAUACACUGGUUAUCAUGGUUAUAUAGCAUUUUGACAAACACUAAUUUUGAUCAUUGACAAGCUUAAUAUUCCCUUAACAACACAAUGUCAUUGAAACGUUUUGCAGAUUUUAAAGAGUUAUCUUCCUGUAGUGUUAGGUACCACCUUAAUGAAUCUUGAUUUAUUUAAAAUUAAUUUUCUACCAUAAACUGACAAAUGUUUCAAUAUGAUGUAGUUUGAGUUUGAAUGGUUUCUAUUGGCUGUCAUUUUAAAAGGUUAAAUUGUUGAGCUUUUUAUUUGACUGUGCAAAUUGCUACAUGGGGUACAAGAAGGUCUGAUAAAAAUCCUCACCAUAGUAAGGAAAGGGAAGUAACUAUUCCUUAAAUUGUGUCAAUUGAAACCCUUCUAUAAUGAUAAAUUAUAAUAUAUUGAGGAUUCUCCUUUAGUUAUUGGAAAUGAAUGGAGGAAAUUAAAAAUUGUAAAAAAAGGCAUUAACUGAAAGGUUAACAAUGCUUGUUUAUAUAGUCUAAUUUUGACUCAGCUCAAUUUAUUUUUUAGAUAUUUGUUCUAUUGAAAAAAAUAAUAUUGAAAUUAUUUCACAUUUAGAAUUGUUGACUGUACAGUGACAGAGUUUCAAAUGUAUUAUACUAUAGAAUUAUGAAUAUUAUAGCAGUUUUAUAUUUUUUACAUGAAAAUAUCUUUAGUUAGGUCACAUAUAAUAAGGGUUAUUAAUUGUGAAAUUGGUCAGUGUAUUCAACAGAUUUAGCUUGUAAUUUGUUUUUUUAUAUACAUGACUUCUUGUUGUGUUGAAUUUUGUUUAAAAUAAUGGUUUUAUUCACUAAGCCCCAUGCAAAUUGAAUAACACUUUUAAAAAAAAAUGAAAACCCUAUUUUCAUGUUUUCUUUAGAAUUGAAGGCAUCAACUUGUAUAACAUGUAUAAACAUUUACAAACCAUGUAUUUGUUAUUAACUUGGUCAGUAGUAUAAAAAAACUAGUAUUCAUAUGUCAUUUUCUGACUUUGCAAUUUUAUAGUGCUUUUCUUAAAUGUUAAGUUUUUGAAAGUUAAACAUUACGUCAAGGUUGUGAAAUACGGUGAAAACAUACAGGUAUUUGUAAAUACAUAUAAGUGAAACCAAACUGACCUAGUAUACUGUGGAUUAUUUAUUUUUUUUUGUUGGUAUCAAUUUUGGUAGAUUGUUGAAAACUUGCAUUUUCAUGGAUAUUUGAUAUCCUGGUUUUGCCAAUCUCUGUAUACAAAGCCUAUUGAAAAUAUGAUAUUCGUUUAACAUUCUAACAUAAUGUCCUUCAAAUGCCUUGAGUACAUACCUGUGGUAAAAUAUGAAUAUAUUGUUUGGGCUGUUCCUAUCGUACUCCCUCAUCAUGCUUUUUUAUGAAUGAGCUACCGGACGUCAUAGAAAGAUGACGUAAUAAUAUAAGCAUUUUAUGGGAAAAUACACAGAAAAGAAUGACAAAUAAUGCCUUUACCUAGAGCACUUCGAUCCAAAACUAUCACGUAUUUGUACUAAUAGAAUCGAAAUAAUUAAUAGGGGCUUGAAUAUGUCUUCAUUUUACCACGGGUUGUCCUUUUAUGACGAUAUUUUACCCCUCGCUAUAGCUCAGGGUAAAAUAUUUGUCAUAAAGGGACAACCUGUGGUAAAAUCACGAUAUAUUCAAGCCCCCAUGAAUUAUUUCUUAAUUUUGAAUUUGUGGUUCACCAGUGUUUCGAACGAAUAAUAAUGAAUCCACAGUAGUAAUGUAAAAGAUUUUUUAUACCCUACCAUUGGGCCUUAUGUUUUCCGGUCUGUUUGUCCUUUUGCUCUUUCAUUCAUUCGUCUGUCCUGCUUCAGGUUAAAGAUUUUGGUCAAAGUAAUUUUUGAAGUCCAAUCAACUUUUGACAAGAAUUCAUUUGUAAAAUACUGUUAAUUUAGCAAUUAAUGUGAAUUGCUAUUGUCAAUCACUGAUCAAUGUUGAAAACGAGAUCUUAUAAAUCAUGUACCGUAAAUGAGACCUCAAAAAUAUUUUAUGAAGGAAAAACACUGCUGAAAUUAUAAAUGUAAGGUUUUUUUUUUAUUGCAAAGCUGAAACUGUCUAAUUUUCUAAUAAAAAACCCCACAUUGUAAUGAUUUUCUUUGACAGCAUAAUGCUGAUAAGAAACCUCAAGAUAGUGAUUAUAGGAACUUGAAGCUACAUAUACCCCAUAUUUAAAGAAUUGUUGAAUUUUAAUUAGCUCAAAUGUAAUAUACACCUUUAACUAAUAUACUGCUAAAAAUAUCUUGUACAGUAUAGUGAACAAUUGGGAUGAUGCAAUAUCGAGAUUGAUUUGUGUCAAUCAGAUUUAAAUAUAAAUUCUGCGUCCACGCUUCGUCCACAAGGAUCUUACAACACACUAUUCUAGUUUCUGUUCAGGAGAUCCUUCCACAGAAAAAAAUCUCUUACUUCUAUCAUCAAAUUGUAUGACAGUCACAUAAAAUUAUUUCAUUAUUUUGACAACAAUGUGUGUACAAAACAAACAAAAUAUGUAUAAAUGUCAAAAUGUUCAUAGAUUCAAAAAAUACUUAUUUUUCUGGUAAGAUUUUUUUGGUGCAAUGCGAGUGGCAGUUUAUUAUUGAAUGUAUAUCAUCAAAACAAAACCGUGGAAUCCGAAGAAGUCUUCAAAACAGAAAGUAGAACCCAGUGUUGUCAGAUCCUGCAAGUGUGGACACAGAAUCUAUAUUUGGAUCAGAUUGGAUUUGUGUAGAAUUAUGUAUUGAUCUUUGUUAAAAAUUGUUUUCUUUAUUAAAGCAUAGUUUUAUUUU